CUGUGGGGCGGGAGGGAAGCAGCGCCGGAGCGAGAACGGCGGCCGUCGCCCAGAGCCCAGCCGCGCCGCCCGCCGCCCUCCUGCCCGCUCCGCGCCGCUUCACGCCGGCCCGCUCGUUCGCGCUCCAGUUGCCGUGUCCUGCAGCGGGGGCCCAGCAUGGUCAUGGCGGAUGGCCCGAGGCACUUGCAGCGCGGGCCGGUCCGGGUGGGGUUCUACGACAUCGAGGGCACGCUGGGCAAGGGCAACUUCGCCGUGGUGAAGCUGGGGCGGCACCGGAUCACCAAGACGGAGGUGGCUAUAAAAAUAAUAGAUAAAUCUCAGCUGGAUGCAGUAAACCUUGAGAAAAUAUACCGAGAAGUACAAAUAAUGAAAAUGCUCGACCAUCCUCACAUAAUCAAACUUUAUCAGGUAAUGGAGACCAAAAGUAUGUUGUACCUUGUGACAGAGUAUGCCAAAAAUGGAGAAAUUUUUGAUUAUCUUGCUAAUCAUGGCCGGUUAAAUGAAUCUGAAGCCAGGAGAAAAUUCUGGCAAAUUCUGUCUGCUGUUGAUUAUUGCCAUGGCCGAAAAAUUGUGCACCGUGACCUGAAAGCUGAAAAUCUCCUGUUGGAUAACAACAUGAAUAUCAAAAUAGCAGAUUUCGGUUUUGGAAAUUUCUUUAAAACUGGUGAACUGCUGGCAACAUGGUGUGGCAGCCCCCCUUAUGCAGCCCCAGAGGUCUUUGAAGGGCAGCAAUAUGAAGGGCCACAGCUGGACAUAUGGAGCAUGGGAGUUGUUCUUUAUGUCCUUGUCUGUGGAGCUCUGCCUUUUGACGGACCAACUCUCCCUAUUCUGAGGCAGAGAGUUUUGGAAGGAAGAUUCCGGAUUCCAUAUUUCAUGUCAGAAGAUUGUGAACACCUUAUUAGAAGGAUGUUGGUCCUAGAUCCUUCCAAACGGCUAAGCAUAGCUCAAAUCAAGGAGCACAAGUGGAUGCUCAUAGAAGUUCCUGUACAGAGACCUAUUCUCUAUCCACAAGAACAAGAAAAUGAGCCAUCCAUUGGAGAAUUUAAUGAACAGGUUCUGCGAUUGAUGCACAGCCUUGGAAUUGAUCAGCAGAAGACUAUUGAGUCUUUGCAAAACAAGAGCUAUAAUCACUUUGCUGCCAUUUAUUUCUUGUUGGUGGAACGUCUGAAAUCACAUAGGAGCAGUUUUCCCGUGGAGCAGAGACUUGAUGGCCGCCAGCGCCGGCCUAGCACCAUUGCGGAACAAACAGUUGCCAAGGCACAAACUGUGGGACUCCCAGUGACCUUGCAUUCACCGAACGUGAGACUGAUGCGAUCUACCCUCCUCCCACAGGCAUCCAAUGUGGAGGCCUUUUCAUUUCCAACAUCCAGCUGUCAAGCAGAAGCUGCCUUUAUGGAGGAAGAGUGUGUCGACACUCCUAAGGUGAAUGGCUGUCUGCUUGACCCUGUGCCCCCUGUCCUGGUGAGGAAGGGAUGCCAGUCACUGCCCAGCAAUAUGAUGGAGACCUCCAUUGAUGAAGGCUUGGAGACAGAAGGAGAGGCUGAGGAAGACCCCAGUCAGGCCUUUGAAGCUUUCCAGGCCACACGGAGUGGGCAGCGACGGCACACUCUGUCAGAAGUGACUAACCAAUUGGUUGUCAUGCCCGGGGCAGGGAAAAUUUUCUCUAUGAGUGACAACCCCUCCCUUGACAGUGUGGACUCUGAGUACGAUUUGGGGUCUGCCCAGAGAGACCUGAACUUCCUGGAAGACAGCCCUUCCCUGAAGGACAUCAUGUUAGCUAACCAGUCCUCACCCCGCAUGGCAUCUCCUUUCAUAAGCCUCAGACCUACCAACCCAGCCAUGCAGGCUCUGAGCUCUCAGAAACGUGAGGUCCACAAUCGGUCCCCCGUGAGCUUCCGAGAAGGCCGCAGGGCAUCAGACACUUCCCUUACCCAAGGAAUUGUAGCAUUUAGACAACAUCUUCAGAAUCUUGCUAGAACCAAAGGAAUUCUGGAGUUGAACAAAGUACAGUUGCUCUAUGAACAAAUAGGAUCAGAGGCAGACCCUAACUUAGCAUCAGCUGCUCCUCAGCUCCAAGACCUCUCGAGCAGCUGUCCUCAGGAGGAAGUCUCUCAGCAGCAGGAAAGUGUCUCCACACUCUCUGCCAGCAUGCAUCCUCAACUUUCUCCACAGCAGAGCUUGGAAACCCAGUACCUACAGCAUCGACUCCAGAAGCCCAGUCUUCUGCCAAAGGCCCAGAAUACUUGUCCAAUAUAUUGUAAAGAACCACCUCGGAGCCUGGAACAGCAGCUACAGGAACAUAGGCUCCAACAGAAGCGACUCUUCCUCCAGAAGCAGUCUCAGCUACAAGCGUAUUUUAAUCAGAUGCAGAUAGCCGAGAGCUCCUACCCUCGACCAAAUCAACAAUUGGCUCUUCCCCAUCAGGAGACUUCACCGCCAUCCCAGCAGCCCCCACCAUUCAGCCUGACCCAACCCCUGAGCCCAGUCCUCGAGCCCUCUUCUGAGCAGAUGCAAUUUAGCCCUUUCCUCAGCCAAUACCCAGAGAUGCAGUUGCAGCCCCUGCCGUCCACACCCAGCCCCCGGGCUCCACAUCCCUUACCCUCACAAUUGCAGCAGCCACCCCCACCGCCUCCUCCUCCUCCACCUCAGCAGCCAGGAGCUGCUCCAGCCCCCUUACAGUUCUCCUAUCAGACUUGCGAGCUGCCAAGCACCACCUCCUCUGCACCAGACUACCCUGCUCCCUGUCACUAUCCUGUGGAUGGAGCCCAGCAGACCAACCUCACAGGCGCGGACUGUCCCAGGAACUCAGGACUUCAGGAGACCCCAUCUAGCUAUGACCCGCUGGCCCUCUCUGAGCUCCCUGGACUCUUUGAUUGUGAAAUGCUAGAAGCUGUGGAUCCACAACACAAUGGAGUGGCUUGUCCUAUCAGCAGAUGAAUGCACUAAGCACAAAGCGUCUUCCUUAAAGCACAAGAAGAAAGCUACUACACUGAUGCUGCAUCUAGAAACACCUAUAAGUUGCCUUUCCUCUCUGUAGUAAGUGUCCAGGCAGGCAAGGGAAGACUAGGCAUGGGAAGUCUACGGAGAGCCAUCCUGGUCACCAGCCCAACCCCUGCCAGUGGUGGUGAUUCAAGCAUCUUUGAGGCUGGCCAGAGACUGUAGUUGUUGGGUCCCCACUGGUGCCAGGCUGCUUUUCAAAUGCGCUCUGCUUAGAAUUGGGCUGUGGGUGUCAGCAAGAAUGGAUAGCAGGAGGGACUGUCAUUUUUGUGAUUUAAUAACUGAAAAUCCAGUAAGGAUAAAUUGUGUUUCUUUUAUUGAUUCUGUUCCUCCUCAUGCUUAAGAUUGAUGAUUUUGUGAGAUAAAGAACAUCAUUUCAUUGGAGAGAUCAUUUCAUUAAGAUCUCUAAUACGUUUUAAAGCUUUGCAGAAUAAGCCAGCUAUAAAACGGGGCUUGAUUUGUUUAGACUGGAGGAGGAUGUUUUCCCAAAAUAUACUGCAGAAGCGCUGUAAUAUUGACAAAUGAAAAUGCCUUCCAGAUUGAAAAUGGGGGCCGCUCAUUUCAGGACUGCAGGAACAGCACCGCUACAGAUUGGCAUAAACCCCUGCCCCCCAACAGGGCUGUGAGCUGCUUAGCCCAGGAGACCUAGCAGCUAUGGCAGGACAGUUAGGCGACAGAUGAGGGGCUGCGGAGAGGCUGACAGAAGGUUAAAGGCUGCAGAGAGAAGCCGGGAGCACCCAUCAACAGCCAACCUGUUAGGCACUGACACACAGAGUGGAGGUGAGGACAGACGCCUGGCGAAGAACACGAACCCUCCUGCUGGAUCUCUCGUAAGCUCCCGUGUGCUCCUCUCACUCUCUUCCAGUAGAAGUCUCUAACUCCAUGGCUACCUUUAUUUCCUGAGAUGGAAGCUGGUGAGAGCAGAUGGGCUCUGAUGGUCACUCAUCUGAUUGCUUCUGUUGCUGUCCCCUAACUAGUGACCAUGGAAGCUUCCAAGCCAUUUCUCCUCACAAGUACUAAAGUAACACUAAGAAGGCUUAGGCCCACUCUUGCUGAGAGGCAGCUUUGAAAUACUGACAUGCUCGCCUGUCGAUUCACAUCAGCAGUGUGUACACUACUGUAUAGUAACCCUUAGCUUUGUUAUCUUGUUAAACCAGCCUCUCCAAAGAGACUGGUGAUUCAAACAUGAGGUAAAAUUUUCAUUUGGCAAAAGUGCAAUAUGUGUGGUACUUUUUUAUUUUUGUUUAUGGUCUUUUGUUAUCCAGGUAUCACUCUCUGCUUUGGGGGAAAUGCAUUAGUUCUGCAGUCUCCAGUUGGGCAAGUGUGUCUCUAGUAUUUACAUGCAACUGACAUGCUGGUCCCUGUAAGGCAAACAGAGGGUAUUAAUGCAACAGGAAGAUGACAGGUUGUGGGGUCCCACUCCUCUGUUCCCAGGGAGCUGCCUGACCAGUGCCAGCCCUCACUGUGCCCUGACUCGGCCUAUUUGAACUGCCGCCUUUAGAACAAAGACAGGGACAGUUCUGUGUUCACAACCCUCCAGAGUCUACCCAGUGGGAGAUACCGAGGACCCAGGAAAAGCCUCUGGGACUGACGUAGGAGGCAUGAGAGCGAAUCUGAGCAAAGCCUCUGGGACUGAUGUAGGAGGCAUGAGAGCGAAUCUGAGCAAAGCCCUUUCUUUCACUUAGCGUCCUCAGAAAAAGAAAGCCAGGGUCCCUCUGUCUCAGAAAUCAAGAUCAGAAGUGUUUAAACCCUGUCCUGGUAUCGGGGAGGUAGGACUUCAACCUUUGCCUGCCAUAUCCCCUCCUAACUCCUGCAUUGUUACAGGGCCUCUACCCCAUACUCCCAGUACGACCCAACCAGUGGAGAGACACCCUCUGCCCUGCCCCAGAACUCUAAUAACUAGGGCACUCAGCAAGGACUUAUGGCAGGCCUCUCUACCUGUACCCCAGGAGCCAUUAUACCUAAGGCAGAGAAACUAGAACUGGGGGAAAGGGUGUGUUCUCAGCUGGAAAGUGACAAAGUGAGAAGCCAGAAACUGAAGGAACCCAGAAAGUAGCAGUUUCUAGGCCAGAUGAUCAAGGGCCCCAAGUGUGUGUGCCAGCAGCUCAGAACAUGGGGACCCAGUGGGCUCGCCUCCCUCUAUGGGAUUCUCUAGACUCUAAACAAGCCUGCUUCUUAAAUAUAUGAGGAGCAGAGUUUUCACUGCUCUGGAUUGCACUUUUACACGUCAGCAGUGAGUUAAGCUCUCUGUUGGUUUAAAGAAAAUUCAUAGUCCAGGUGACUUUCACUUCCCCCUCCUCUAGAAACAAUACGUAGUGUCAUUUGAUGACACCGAUCCCAGUGGGCCCUGUGUCGGGGCUGACCUUCGCUGCGUUUGUACCCUAAGCUGGGCUGCCUCUACUGCCUCCUCGGAAGCCACCCGAGCCGCUCGGUCUCUCUGUGCCUAGACAUCAAAGGUAAAAACUGGAGAACAGGUAGUAAGUUGGAGUCAUUGCCCAGGCAGGGAUCUUUUAUCAUUUUGUUGAUUCUGGAAAUUUUUAACAGAACUUACCUUCAAAUUGAUUUGUGGGAGACAAGAGCAGCGACAUCUACCUGUUUCAACACUGGACAAAACUAUACUCCAAAACUUAAGACACACACACAUACACAAAGAGUAGGGGAGGAGAGAGAGAGAGAGGUCUUCCAUGGGUGGGGUCCCAGAGAAGUGAGCCUCCAUGGCUUUUCCACUGCCCUCAGUGGCAAAUGGAAUGAGACAGUGGCCCUUCAAGGGUCCUUUUGGUCCUAAAGUCUCUGCCCUCACAACAGCUUCUCACUUAUUUGUGCAUCCAUGUUUGCCCAGUUAGUUCUGGGAGACUUCCAGCCUUCCUAGUUGCACCACAUCUUAUGUCCACAUUAUAUGUGAGCAGAUUUGGGUAUGUGACUGCAUGGGUUGACAAACAGGCAGGGAUAGUGCCCAACAGCGUAAUCAAGGAUGGUUCUUGCAGGUCCUGCCCUCUCACCUUGCCUGUCCAUUUUCACAACAAUGUACCAAGCACUUUCACAAGUCCUCACAAUCCUCACUCCAGUUCUGUGGAAUUAGCUAGAGAACUGCGGUCCGUAGUUACCACAGCUGAGGGAAGCAAAGCUCUCAAAGGAUACAUGACUUAGCAAGUGGCAGUACAGCGACGAGCACCUUCAUGGCCUGGCUUCUGGCUUCUGUGCUGGAGCCCUGUCCUACAGCCCCCUCCCCACUUUGGUAGCACACAGCUAUAUAAACAAAGCCCUGUCCAGACGGCUGCACAACACUUGACAGCUGCCUGGCUUUAAGUGCCCAAUGCAGUUAUCCAGGUGACUGCACUUAGGCAAGGAGGGGGAGACAGACACCAGAGACUGGCCAUCUUGCUGUCCAAUAAAUUGCAGAAGUUUAGGCUUAAAUUGAGGUUGUUUGCUAAUUCAAAGUUAUGUAAGCCGGUGCUUUUUCUUUUAAGUACAUAUGGGAAAGACAAACUCCUCCCUGACUGCCAAAGGGCUUCCUUAGUCGACAGAGUCAAUCCCAGAGAAAAUGGCUGCCCAGAGAAUUGUGAGCUCAGCCUUUAUCCUAAAGGGAUGGCACACAGAACCUACCUUCUUUCCUCCCUUCCUUCCUUUUUUCUUUCUUUCUUAAAUAAUCUUUUGAAAUGGGGUCUCACUAUGUAGUUAUGACUAUCCUAGGAUGUCCUGGUUUGCUGUGUAGACCAGGCUGGCCUCGAACUCACAGAGAUCAGCCUCCAAGUGCUGAAAUUAAAGGUGUGUGCCACCCCCGCCCAGCACAUUUCUUUACAAUUAAGUUCUGCCAAGUAGGAAGGCUUAUUAAACACUUUCAGGAUUACAGAAUGGUAAUGGGCUUUGAUGAUAGAAUGCUAGGUCUUUUCAGAACCAAAAUGGGUGAGUAGGGGUAGCUUUAAUAAUAGAGACACAGACAACAUCCAGGUGGAUGCAGCGAUGUCACAUUACCAAGUGUAGAUAAAACUGAUGCCUGCCUACCCAGGAUUUGCUCAGUCAAGGAAAUUCAUAUGGUUGAACAUCCCCACUACCCGUGGUUUAAAAAAAAAAAAAAAAAAAUCUGCCUCUACCAGAAUCUGUGAAGGAGAAAGCAGCAGGGAAAGGGGAGGUUGGCUUGCCUCUGGGGACUGCAAUUUAAGAAGUAAGAGUGGUGGAGAUUAUUUGCACUUUGUAGAAAGGAAGGGAGUGGUCUUGCUGGAUUCAGCUUGGUAGUUGAGUUACUUUCGAUAAACUUAAUCUGAUUGUAGUCAUUUUUUUUUCUGUGUGCUUUUUAAUUACUAAGAAAAAAAUGUUGACUUUGAUAGCUUUGGUAUUUUGAGUGCAAAUUCUAAUAGCUCCAAUGUGGAAAAUCAAAGUGUAACCUGCCACUCAGUGUUAGAAAAUUGCCUAAAAUGCAGUUUAAUAAAUGAUCUUUGUACCAAAUGGUAAUUUAAAUGGAGUAAUUUUCUGCAAAGAAAAUGUACUGUCUUUAUGUUUCCAACCCUCCUGAACUAAAAUAAAAACACCUUGUUU